GGUUAAUUUUUCUUCUUCCCGGAUUAGGUUUUAAUUCUUUGUUGAGGAAUCCUGUCUUCCUCUCGAUCGAACGAAUUGCGAUGCAUGCGCUGCUCGGCCGCAUUCUCAGCGCCCCGCCGGAGCAGCUCCUCUUCCUGGUCUUCGCACUGCUGGGGACGUACUGCGCGAUCAAAGCCGGGAUCCAAUUCGCCACCGCGAUCUGGAUCGUCUUGCUCCGGCCGGGCAAGAAUCUCCAUCGCUACGGGAGCUGGGCGGUGGUGACGGGUGCGAGCGAUGGAAUCGGCAGGGCGGUUUGCUUCCAGCUCGCGGCGCGCGGCAUCAAUGUGGUGGCAGUGGGGCGCACGGAAUCCAAGCUGGAGGAGCUCGUGAGGGACAUCCAGCGGAUCUACAGUGGCGUGCUUGUGAAAUUCGUGGUGCUGGACUUCGCGAGCGAGAAAUUGGAGGCGGGAUUGAAGAGCAUUGGCGAGGUUGUGGAGGGAUUGGAAGUGGGGAUUCUCGUCAACAACGUCGGGGUGAGCUAUCCCUACGCCAGGUACUUCCACGAGGUGGACGGGGAUCUACUGGAGAGAUUGGUGCGCGUGAAUGUGGUGGCUACCACUCGGAUGAGCCAGCUCCUUGUUCCUCAGAUGCUCAAGCGGAGAAAGGGAGCCAUUGUCAACAUUGGCUCUGGAUCUGGAACGAUUCUUCCAUCGGAUCCACUCUACGCCAUCUAUGCCGCGACGAAAGGGUACAUAGAAAUCCUGUCUCGAUCCAUGUACAACGAGUACAGGCAUUGUGGGAUCGACGUCCAGUGUCAGGUUCCUCUCUACGUGAAGACGAAGAUGGCCAAGAUAAGAAACACUUCCCUCACUGUCCCGUCCCCAGAGGCCUACGCAAAGUCGGCACUGAGAAGCAUUGGCUACGAGGCGGUGGCCACGCCUUACUGGGCACACCAUUUGCUAUGGUGGCUCAUCAGCCUCGUCCCCGAGAGGAUCGUCUCCGCCAUUCGCCUCAGCAGCAAUCUCGAUCUGCGACGAAGGGGCCAAGCCAAGGACGCCAAAGCCAAAGCGAAUUGAUUCCACGAAGUGACACAGCUUUAAACGUAUUCUAUCCACGGGUUUGAUUGACUUUUGGAGCCCGUGACAAGUGAAAAAAUAACAAGUUGGUGCCAUGGGAUGAUGUGAUUACAUUUAAUAACGACACAUUGGCACGGUAUUUUAUUUUUUGGAUCAAAUCUAUAAUAUUAUUAAGAAUU